AUGGCGGAGAUGCCUCUGGGGCUGACGCAGGUGCGAUGGAGUCGCUACAACCCCAGCUUCUUGGAGCCAGAAGUGAACAAGGAGUUCCAUCCUCCUCCUCCUGUGCUUCGCAGGCUGACGCAGGUGCGAUGGAGUCGCUACAACCCCAGCUUCUUGGAGCCAGAAGUGAACAAGGAGUUGUAUCAGAAGCCUUGGGAGGAGCUGUCUGAGGAGGAAAAGGAAAAAAUGGAGCUUAAGGCUGUUCGACCCAUAAAAGCUGCUCCUCCCACGCUCUGCAGCUCCGUGUUCAGCGACCCUAUGAUCAGUAAAUUCACCAAUAUGAUGAUGAAGGAUGGAAAUAAAGUGCUGGCCAGAAGCCUCAUGGCUCAGACUCUAGAGGCCAUUAAGAGGAAGCAGCUGGAGAAGUACCACAAAGCUCCAGAAGAUGAGAAGGAGACAAUUGAAUGCAACCCUUACGUCAUCUUCCACCAGGCUCUGAAAAACUGCCAGCCCAUCAUCGGGCUCAGCAGCAUCACAAAAGGAGGCAAAACCUACCAGGUCCCGGUCCCUCUGACGGACAAUCGGAAGCGCUUUCUGGCCAUGAAGUGGUUAAUCACCGAGUGCAGGGAGAACAAGAACUGUCGGAUGCUGAUGCCCGAGAAGCUCUCCCAGGAGCUGCUCCAGGCCUUCAACAACGAAGGGCCCAUCAUCAAGAAGAAGCAGGUGCUGCACAAGAUGGCAGAGGCCAACCGGGCUUACGCCCACUUCCGCUGGUGGUAGGGACUCCGUGCAUGGACACGAUGCCACCAGCCCCGGGGCCGCCUACCUGGGAGAAGCUGGGGAGAAGGGGAAAAGUGGAAGAUCCCUCCCAGACAGCUUCUGAACUAA